AUGUCGGAGAAUGGAAUUGGACUUGCUCAUUGGCUUGAAGAGUAUGACAUGAGCACACUACUCAGAUUUCCACAGCUCAUGAUCCACAAACAUGCCUAUUUCAUACUUAGCACGCCAACAGAACGAAGGAAGAAGACGCUAUUUCUCGGGCAUGAUGAUGAUGACCUCCUCAUCUAG